GUCUAGCCUGGCUCAGCCACGGUGCGCGAGAAGAUCUGUGAAUUUCCGUUGGGUCUGCGCUACAAAGAAUGAAAUUUUUCUGUGUUUGAACGAUGCCCUGGCGGCCGGCCCAGGUCAGCCCGGCCCACCGACGUCCAUGGCGUCCUCGGCCGUCAUCUGCAUCGUCAACGUAGAGAACGCGGAGGGCGGCGUGGUGAACUCGUCCCCGCAGGCCGUGGCUCUGGCGCCGUCCCUGGCGCUGUCGGCAUCCCGGGCGCAACAGACCCAGCCGGUGCACCAGACGGUGCACCAGGACGACAUCGUGCUGUUCGAGGAUGACGCUGGCGGCACGGCCCUCGACGUCGCCACGGUGGACGUGGCGAGCGACGUGGCCGAGGACGCCGACGAGGAGCCUGCGCCGCCGCCACCACGGCCCGCCCCCGCGCCCACCCGCUGCGUCACGCAGUACAUCCGCUUCCCCGUGCGCGGCGCGGUGCGCGUGGCCGGCGGCGACCUGGUGGACGACAAGCAUGACGAGGUGCUGGGCGUCGUAGCCAUGGACGUGGGCCUGGGCGCGCCCGCCGUCAUCCUCGGCGUCGUCCCCGCCGACGGCAAGGUCGCCAAGUCCACGACGCUCUCGCAGGCCCUCGCCCACAUGAAGCCCUACCGGAAGCACACCACCGUCCACAUCGCCAAGUCCGUGCCCUCGUCCACGAUCACGACCACGUCCACGCCCACCCUCACGGCUCUGGGCCAGGCCAUGAGGCAGGGCGCGCCGCCGCUGCUGGUGGGCUCCAAGGUCGUGUCCGCGGCCUCCCUCAGCAAGCCCACCACCAGGUCGGCCACCGGCGCGAUGGCGCUGCCCGAGGACAAGCCCGCCACCACCAACCCGAUCGGCACAGACGGCGAGCCGAUCAAGCUGCCGGACAACUUGGAGAGCCUGCCCAGGGCCGAGCACUUCCCCAGCAUCCGCCAUCGCUGGAACACUAACGAGGUAGGAUGAUCGCGCCGAUGAUAAUAAAUAAAAGAGAAGAGAGAGACAAACGGGGAAACGGAGAAGGAAAAGAAGAAAAAGUUUUUGCCCCUCGGCAGGGAAAUGUAAUAAGGGAAAUAAUAAUGAAAUGAGAAAGUUUUCGCCCUGGCUGGCUGCCUGGGUCUGCCUGCGCUCGGCUGCCCGGCGGCCGGGGGGGCUGCACGGCCGGCCGGCCGACCGAGGCCUGCAGAAACUGAACCGCGAAGGCAAAGCGCGGCGGAGUCUGUGUGCAGCGCGGGGAGGGGCGGGGCCGCAAAGAUGAACGGGAGCGUUUUACGAGCCAACCUGUAGGAGUGUUGGUGGCGCUGCGCUGCGCCGCGCUGCGCCUGGCGCGCUCCAUACAGCAGCCUGUCACCUCCACCUCUGCUUGCCCGCGCGCGCGCGACGCUGGAGAUGCGCU